AGUGAUAUUUAAGUGAAAGUGCAAAGCAAUGGAGGACAUCACAGUAGCCAUGAAAGACACCCCACUCCCCCACAUAGCUAUCCUACCGAGUCCUGGCAUGGGUCACCUCAACCCACUCGCCGAGUUUGCUAAGCGACUCGUCCUCCAUCACAACUUCUCAGCCACGUUCAUUACCAUCUCCGUCGACUCCUACCCUGAAUCACACAGGACCGUCUUAGAUGCCCUUCCGAAAGCCAUCGAUUCCAUCACCCUCCCGCCAAUUCCCUCCACCGAAUUCCCCCAAAACUCCAGUAUCGAAACCCGCAUCUCACUCUCUAUCAAACACUCCCUCCUGUCCGUGCGCGACGUCCUCAACACCUUAAAAUCAACCACACAGCUUGUGGCCCUUGUAGUUGAUCACUUCGGUACGGAUUCUUUUGACGUCGCUAGAGAAUUCGGCAUCGCCCCUUACAUGUUCUUCACCUCAUCUUUAAUGAUGCUAUCUUUCUUAUUCCAUUUUCCAACGCUUGACGCAACAUACUCAGGAGAGUUUGCAGAGCUGACGGAGCCGGUGAUACUGCCGGGUUGCAUACCGGUUAGUGGUGAAGAUCUCCCCAACCCGGUUCACGACCGGUCCAAGGAGUCAUAUGCAUGGAUGCUGCACCGUUGCAGACGCGCCAAAGAAGCAGAGGGCAUUUUGGUAAAUAGCUUCAUGGGCUUGGAACCAGCAGUUGUGAAGGCAUUAAAGCAAGAUCCGUCUAACCCACCCUUCUAUCCGGUCGGGCCUCUCAUAAAAACUGAUUCGGGUUCGACUCAUGAGGGUGAGAAGCCGGAGUGUUUGAGAUGGUUGGACGAGCAGCCACGUGGGUCGGUUCUAUACGUUUCUUUCGGAAGUGGUGGGACCCUUUCUUCGAAGCAGCUGACUGAAUUGGCUUGUGGGUUGGAGAUGAGUGGGCAAAGGUUCUUGUGGGUAGCACGGAGUCCACACGACAAAGAGACCAAUGCUACAUUUUUUAGUGUACAAAGCGUAGAAAAUCCUUUUGAUUUUCUGCCCAAGGGUUUUCUAGCUAGAACUAAGGGGUUGGGCCUGGUUGUGCCUUCGUGGGCUCCUCAACUACAAGUGCUGAGCCAUGGUUCGACAGGUGGGUUCCUUUCUCACUGUGGAUGGAACUCCACCCUCGAGAGCAUCAUAAAUGGUGUACCCAUGAUCGCGUGGCCGCUCUAUGCGGAGCAGAAGAUGAAUGCGGCGAUGCUGGCCGGUGAUCUGAAGGUGGCGCUGCGGCCCAGAGUGGGGGAGAUGGGGUUGGUAGGCAGGGAGGAAAUCGCCCGAGUAAUCAAUGGUGUGAUGGUGGGAGAGGAAGGGAAGAGACUGAAAGAUAGGAUGCAAGAGCUGAGAAACGCUGGCGCGACCGCGUUGGAUGAGGGUGGGUCCUCGUACACGGCAAUGCGUGAGGCGGCUCAUGCGUGGGAGAGUUGUCGCUAUCAACCGAUCAACCCUCUUCGCUGAAAGACAAGUAACAGCUACCCGUGCAGUUUUCCUAAUCAUAUUCGUGGUAUGAGAUCCAUCAAAAUAAAUCUACAGCUGUUAUUAUCAUA